CUUGACAUUUAUGUGUUGAUAGUUAAUGAAGAUGUUGUUUGAGUGCCCUGAUGAACGUGUCGACCUAGAGCUCAUUUCCUUUUGCAUUAACCUGGCUGCUAACAAGAGAAAUGUACAACUCAUUUGUGAAGGAAAUGGACUGAAGAUGCUGAUGAAGAGAGCACUGAAAUUCAAGGACCCAUUAUUGAUGAAGAUGAUUAGGAACAUCUCUCAGCAUGAUGGGCCAACCAAAACGUUGUUUAUUGAUUAUGUUGGUGACCUAGCUGCCCAGGUAUCAAAUGAUGAAGAUGAGGAAUUUGUGAUUGAAUGCUUGGGAACACUGGCCAAUUUGACAUUGCCUGAUUUGGACUGGGAACUUGUCUUGAAAGAAUACAAAAUGGUACCAUACCUCAAAGAUAAAUUAAAGCCAGGUUCUGCAGAAGAUGACCUUGUUUUGGAAGUGGUGAUAAUGAUUGGCACAGUGUCCAUGGAUGAUUCCUGCGCAGCGCUGCUAGCUAAAUCUGGGAUUAUUCCAGCACUCAUUGAACUACUAAAUGCUCAGCAAGAAGAUGACGAGUUUGUGUGCCAAAUCAUUUAUGUGUUUUACCAGAUGGUCUUCCAUCAAGCCACUAGAGAUGUCAUAAUCAAGGAGACUCAGGCUCCAGCAUAUCUUAUAGACCUGAUGCAUGAUAAAAAUGCUGAGAUCCGCAAAGUCUGUGACAAUACACUGGAUAUAAUAGCAGUAAGUGACUUUUUACUUUCUUCCUUCUGAGUAUUAAUGAAAAUG